CACGCCCCUCCCUCCCCUCCCUCCUCCCUCGAGCCCGGGGGUUCCUCAGCUGGCUCAGUCCGAAUCAGUGUCAUUCAGAGAGAAGGACAGCUGAGGGCUGGGCGCGAACGCGCGGUUGCAGUCCCGCUCGGGCGCCGGUGCCUGCGCUCGCGCCGCCGGGUGGGAAGGAUGAAGCCUCAGCUGGAGCAGCCACCCUAUGAUUGGCUGUGGAGCUUGUGAACCCGAAGUAAAGAUGGCGGGCGGGCAGGCAGCCGCCGCACUGCCCACUUGGAAGAUGGCGGCGCGCCGCAGCCUCAGUGCCCGCGGCCGGGGGGUCCUGCAGGCAGCUGCGGGCCGGCUGCUGCCGCUGCUACUGCUGAGCUGCUGCUGCAGCGCGGGCGGCUGCACAGCGGCCGGCGAGAACGAGGAGACUGUGAUCAUCGGACUGCGGCUGGAGGAUACGAACGACGUGUCGUUCAUGGAAGGGGGUGCUCUGCGGGUGAGCGAGCGGACCCGGGUCAAGCUGCGGGUGUACGGGCAGAACAUCAACAACGAGACAUGGUCCCGCAUCGCCUUCACUGAGCACGAGCGGCGCCGGCACACACCCGGCGAGCGUGGGCUGGGGGGCCCCGCGCCUCCGGAGCCGGACAGUGGCCCCCAGCGCUGCGGCAUCCGCACCUCAGACAUCAUCAUCUUGCCCCACAUCAUUCUCAAUCGCCGCACAUCGGGCAUCAUUGAGAUCGAGAUCAAACCGCUGCGCAAGAUGGAGAAGAGCAAGUCUUAUUACCUGUGCACGUCUCUCUCCACGCCCGCAUUGGGCGCCGGCGGCUCCGGGUCUGCGAGUGGCACCGUCGGGGGCAAGGGUGGCGCGGGGGUGGCUGGACUCCCGCCUCCUCCCUGGGCCGAGACCACCUGGAUUUACCACGACGGUGAGGACACCAAGAUGAUAGUGGGCGAGGAGAAGAAGUUCUUGCUGCCCUUCUGGCUGCAAGUGAUCUUCAUCUCGCUGCUGCUGUGCCUGUCCGGCAUGUUCAGCGGCCUCAACCUGGGGCUCAUGGCUCUGGACCCGAUGGAGCUGCGCAUCGUGCAAAACUGCGGCACGGAGAAAGAGAAGAAUUAUGCCAAGCGCAUCGAGCCGGUGCGCAGGCAGGGCAACUACCUGCUGUGCUCGCUGCUGCUGGGAAACGUACUAGUCAACACCACGCUCACCAUCCUGCUCGACGACAUUGCGGGCUCAGGCCUUGUGGCGGUGGUGGUCUCCACCAUUGGCAUCGUCAUCUUCGGAGAAAUCGUGCCCCAAGCCAUUUGCUCCCGACACGGCCUGGCGGUAGGGGCCAAUACCAUCUUCCUCACCAAGUUUUUCAUGAUGAUGACCUUCCCCGCUUCUUACCCGGUUAGCAAACUGCUGGACUGCGUCCUGGGCCAGGAGAUAGGCACUGUCUAUAACCGGGAAAAACUGCUAGAGAUGCUCCGGGUUACUGACCCCUACAACGACCUCGUUAAGGAGGAGCUGAACAUCAUCCAAGGGGCGCUGGAGCUCCGCACCAAGACGGUGGAGGACGUGAUGACUCCCCUCAGGGACUGCUUCAUGAUCACCGGCGAGGCUAUCCUGGACUUCAACACCAUGUCUGAGAUCAUGGAGAGUGGCUACACUCGAAUCCCAGUGUUCGAGGGAGAACGGUCCAACAUCGUGGAUCUGCUCUUUGUCAAAGACUUGGCCUUCGUGGAUCCAGAUGACUGUACUCCCUUGAAAACCAUCACCAAAUUUUACAACCACCCUUUGCACUUUGUUUUCAAUGACACCAAGUUGGACGCUAUGCUGGAAGAAUUUAAGAAAGGUAAAUCCCACCUGGCCAUUGUGCAGCGAGUGAACAAUGAGGGCGAAGGGGACCCGUUUUAUGAAGUUCUGGGAAUUGUCACCUUGGAAGAUGUGAUUGAAGAAAUCAUCAAAUCUGAAAUCUUGGAUGAGACAGACUUGUACACCGACAACAGAACAAAGAAGAAAGUGGCCCACCGUGAAAGAAAGCAAGAUUUCUCUGCCUUUAAGCAGACGGACAGCGAGACGAAGGUUAAAAUAUCACCGCAGCUUCUCCUGGCCAUGCACCGUUUCCUAGCAACAGAAGUAGAAGCAUUUAGCCCAUCCCAGAUGUCAGAGAAGAUCCUCCUAAGGCUGCUAAAGCACCCCAAUGUCAUCCAGGAACUGAAGUACGACGAGAAGAACAAGAAAGCCCCCGAAUGCUACCUCUACCAGCGGAACAAGCCCGUAGACUACUUCGUCCUCAUUCUGCAGGGAAAGGUGGAGGUAGAAGCUGGGAAAGAAGGCAUGAAGUUUGAAGCCAGUGCGUUUUCAUACUACGGUGUGAUGGCCCUCACAGCCUCUCCAGGUGAAAAUAAGUCACCUCCUCGCCCCUGCGGCCUGAAUCACUCGGACUCUCUCAGUCGGAGCGACCGGAUUGAUGCCAUGACACCCACCUUGGGGAGCAGCAACAACCAGCUCAGCUCUUCAUUCCUACAAGUCUACAUCCCCGAUUACUCAGUGCGAGCCCUCUCCGACCUACAGUUCGUCAAGAUCUCCAGACAGCAAUACCAAAAUGCCUUGAUGGCGUCCCGGAUGGACAAAACGCCUCAGUCUUCAGACAGUGAAAACACUAAAAUUGAAUUGACUCUUACGGAGAUGCAUGACGGCUUGCCAGACGAGACGGCCAACUUGCUCAAUGAACAGAACUGUGUGUCACACAAUAAGGCCAACCACAGCCUGCACAGUGAAGGCGCCAUCUAGGGCCCCUCGGGCCCCCUUGUCCUGCCCUCCUGGACUUGGUCUGACCGUGACUUCCACUAGUGUGAGCUUGUCUGCCAUGCUGCGUCCUACAGCAUUGAGACCAAAGACUUUGCCCCCUUCCCUGGAAGCUGCGGAGGACGGCUUGGGGAGGGAUGGAAACCGGACACGUGACAUCCACAGCUGGGGCAUGGCUUUCAAGAAUUCAGAGACAAACUUCUUCCGCCCAAAUAGAAUCAUGUUUAUUUUUUCAGAACCUUUUAUCGUUUCUUUCAUCCCUCAAUUUGCAUGAAUUUAAAAAUCGUUGCAUUUAUUUUUUUUCCAAGAGAUCAUGUUUUUGUUUUUAAGUGUCUUUUGCAGAGUUUGAAGUUGGUCUUUCUGAGCUAACUCUGCUGUAGCCCCACCAUGUGACCCUGACAGGAUGGACUUGUCCCUUUAGUGGCCUUCCUUGGCCAUCCCUAGGAGGAAUACCUUUCCUCCGUGCCCGGUGGGUGUCGCUGUCGAACUUGAAGGAUGAAUGAAGAAAAUCCUGUCACUGCAAAACGUGCCAAGUCUGUCGUCACUGUGGGUGUCGGCAGAAGCUGCAGGUGCCCUCUCUGCACGUAGCGUCCUUUUGAACAUAUGUCUAACCAAGUCCCUUUCCCUCAGGAAGGGUUAACGUUUGCUUGGGAAUGUGAUUUUCACCCACCCUAAGGAAUUUUUAUCACCAAAAUGAAUGUUAAUGAAUUUUAAACCUAUGGUUUAUGAUUGGCAGGAGGCAAUGGCUUCAUCCCCCAUUCCUGUAACCUGGGGUGGGCUGGGCCAUCAGCUAACCACACCCUCACCUCCUCACCCCUCACUCUUGCUAACCCAAGCUGCUGCAGGUGCCAAAUGGAAACUUCCAUGGGGCUUCCUAAUGAACACGUGGUGUGGCGGCGACAGGAGUGCUCUCUCCUCUGGAAUUCGUGUAUUAUCUGAAUGGGGCGGGUGGGGUUGGGGCAGGAGGCUGACAGUGCGCCCAGACAUUUCUGAUCCCAUGUUUUUAAUGGAAUACCCUUCCUCCCAUAGAGCCAAGUGCCCCUAGCAUGUUGUCCCUGGCCUCUGGGUCUCAGAAGUGGCAGUGACCCUGCCCAAAGGUGCCUCCUGCUUCAGAUGUGGCCAGUGCCAGAGAGCCGCCCAUACAGCCAGAGCCAGUUUAACCCCGAAUGGAUUCAGAGACCAAAUGUGUGCUGUGACCAUUUCAUGUGUGUCUCCGUCUUACUUUAAUACAAACUUUACCAUGUGUUGUGAAAUUCACGUCAGCAGGCUCUGCUCCAGUGGCUUAAGUGGUCCCUCACUUGCAUUUGCUGGCAGUGCUCAUACACUCAAAUGAACUCCUGGCCAUAGUGUUCAGUGGGAUUCUCAUCACCCUGGUCACUGCUAAAGAAGAGAGCCUUCGUGUGCCUGGGCUUCCUGCAACAGGAAACCCUCAGGCUUGGCAUCAGCCUCCUCCUUCAGGUAGGAGGUCUGCUAACCCCAGGGUGGACUCUGGGCGGGCGGCAUGGUGGGUUGAUCUUUUGAUGAAUUGCUGAUGACUGAAAACUCUGUGCGUGUGCACACUAGGACUGGAACCCACAUGGGGCCAUGUGCAUACUUGGCAGGCGCUCUGUCACUGCCACACCUGCAGACCUCGGCAUGGGCCUCUGUGCCAUGUCCACUGAGUGUUGGGCGGUGGUCCUGGAGUGUUCUGGUUGAGAAAGGCAGACACACUUAGUGGAGGGUCAUUGAGAGUGGCCUUUAAAGGAGCUGAGUGACCUGCUACUGGCACCUGGCCUGCCACCUUGGAAUGAAGUUACUACCAUGGGGAACCCCACGCUGUGAGUACCCCCCUUUCAAACUUCCAAGCCAAAAAAAAAAAAUCAGUUUUCAAAGGAGCAUAAUAUGUGAUGUGAGCUCUCUGGGUGUGGCCAGGUCAGGGCCUUUCCACCACCAAGCGUCUGGCUGGCCUCCUCCCUGAGGCCUGGAGAGCCAAGCCCCCACUCUGUCAGCCCCUCAGGCGUGGUGCAUAGCUGCCUCUGUCAGCCUUGCUGCUGGAAGGAGCCUCGGGGAGAGAAGCACCUUGGUCGUCCUCUCUCAUGGAUCCUAGAGGUGGGUGACUCUAGGAAGCUGGGAGAGCAUCAGUCACCACCUGCUGCGGCUGCUAACUGUAGAGUUCUCUUCAAAGCCGAGGAGUGGGGUUCUCAAAGAUAGAGGCUAUGGCCUGCCAGCUCUGUGUUAAUUUCUGAUUAAUGAACUAAUUACCAUUGACUACUUACUUCUAUAACCAGGGACUCAGAAUAGUUCCUCCCUCAUCCCCGAGUGCACAAAGGUGACCUGGCCAUAGUUUGAGAUGCUGGGGAGACACCUCAAUCUUCAAACAGGGUUUGCAUCUGAGUGAACAAUUUUUCCAAGUCUCCCCCUCCCAAGCCAACUCCUGAGACAACAGAAGGAAACACUGGCUCUUUGCCCUUCAGAGUGGAUCUUGGCUAUGAAUGGCACAUACCAUCUCUGGCCUCACCCCAUGGACUUCCCAGCCAAGAGAGACUGGCAAGUAGUAGAGUGGCCAGGUUUAGGGCUCUUCCUUUGUAGCCCCUACCUGUAAUCCCUCCUGAGCUGCUGUAUGUGCUGUAUGUGGAAGGGAGGGUCCAGGCAAAGCAGACUCAGGCCUUGUUAGUUCUGGUUGCUGUGGGCCUGCCCGUUCCUCUGCUGCCAGCCAGAGGACAGAACAGCACCUAUAACUAGAUGCCCUGUGGGCAGACAUUGCUGGGACACUGUCACUGUUAAUGAGGGUCCUUCAUUUACUGCCCUUUGUCUGUCCGUCACACAAGUUCAACCUCUAAUAACGCCUUAGGAAAACAGAAUCCUGACAUUUAUACAUGAGUAUUGGGGUGCUAGUCAACUAGCUUGAACUUUGGAUCCUAAUUUGAAGGUGCCGCCUGUUUCAUACUCUCUGUGGGCAUAGUUGACCUCACGUGAAGGGAGCUGAACCACAACUAAGUUUCUCAUGUUAUUCCAAGAAACGUGUGCAGGCGUUCAAUGCAGAACUUCACACUGAUACGGAACACUAACUGUGAAAAGUCACCUUGCCAUCCCCAGUUCUGUGCAGCUAAAGGACCAGUUUUUCCAAGUCUAGGAAAACAUGGUAGAUCCAAACGCAUUAGAAAGUGGAGCAACAGGAUUUUGAGUUACACAGGGACCAUGAACUUCAGCCCGCAAAUUAUUUGGGUCAAGGAGCAAAGCCAAGGAGGUGCUGGGUGACUUAGCCUGUCCUUCUCUUAAGGUUAUCAGAGAUCUGCCACAGUCACUGUGCCUGGACCCAGGGUAUGAGGUCUCCCGGGAUGGACCCAAGCAGAUUAACUCUCUGGACUGGCACAAUGUACACACACCUUGUCCCCUGGACUAAAGAGCAAGAUGAGAGGGUGGCUUCUUCAGACACCAUGUAGUCUUAAACCCCUGUGGCUUGGCAUGAUUCCUCUGCUUUCCUUCUGAAGGACUGAUGGCUCUUUAGUUACUUAGGUACCAGUAUGCACCCCCUUUUUUCUGAGGGACCAGGCUCUUUCCUGGGCUAUGUUUGCUUCCUUUCUGGGCCAUAGGCUUGUGGUGCUUCUGUCCAACAAGGAUAACUGGGUAAGUUGUAGGCUAGCCCAGAAUUUGGAGGAAUUUUGAGGUGAAUAUAGAAGUGACAGUGGGAGGAUUUGGAAGUUUUUCCCAUACAAAUUUAUCAAAUGCAGAACCUACGCAGUGGACUUGUAUACCUCAGGGCCAUUUCCUUCCGUGCUUGAGUGGCUGAUGAGAAGAUGAACUUGAGCUUCAUUUGCUUCUAGUUGAAGGAUGAACAGUGCUCCAAGGCUGCGCUGCUGGUACUAAUCUUGGGUCUCCUCCUGGAAUCAAUGAUUUACUGGUUUUCUUUCUGGAGUGUCCCCAGUCAUGCUGCAGCCCCAUGGCCACCUCAGUCAGGCAGAGGGAGCAGUCCAUACACUGCAGCUAAAGUGAGCACCUUUGCUUCUUAGCUCCCUGUGGCUGACACAGCUCAUGCAACCUUUUUAUUCCAGAGCCACUGAGACACCUCAGCUGCAGUCUGAAAUGCUUUUUGAGGGGAUGCCAGGCAGUACUUGAAGCAAAAACGGCAAGAGUCAGGUUCUAGCGUUUUAUAUACACAGCUGGAAGGUGGGAGAGAUAUGGGUCAGCAUUUUCAGAUGACGAUGUUUCGGGGUUCUGUCCAGUUUCACUUAGAAGGGUAUGUUCUGAUGUUGCUCACAUGUGAUCCAUGCGGAUUUGCUUCUGGGGCUGGAUUCUUCGAGUCGCCCAAAAGAUAACUAUCAAAGGGGCCUGACAGACCUGAGUGCCUGCUCUUCUUGGAGACUCAGGUUUCUCACAUAGAAACUGCUGGGGUCCCAGACCUCUAGAACCAAGGGAAGCGAAGACUCAUUCCCUGGAGAGCCCCCUAGCUUCUGACUCACGACUCCCCAUGUCAGGUCUACUGUGAAGAGUCUCAUCAACCUACUGACUUUUCUUAUUUCUGCAGUCCUUUGAGUCCACAAAUGUAUAUGCUUUAUUUUAUAUUAUUUAUUAUGUACAUAUGUCUCUAUGUUAGUAUAUCAUUUGUGACUAAGACACUGUUUUGAAGCCCCUCAUCCAUUGAGCCUAGUGUUCUGCUGUUCCUUAUCGGGUGAGAGGGUGGUGGUAUCUUUUUGUUUAAAAGGAAAAAACCCACCCAUAUUGCUGCUUUUACACAGCUUCCUUCAUUGCCUUACCCACUCAUUCCUGAUGGCCCGUAUUUGGGAGGUGGAUGGAGGCAGUGCUUCUGUCUCCAUGCGUUACCGCAGAAGUGGUUUUAUGGUGGUUGGGUCUCCUUCCUAUGCAGUGGUAGCAUAUGGCUGAGACCAGAGCUUCUGUCCUCAUCCACACACAAGCCAGAUCACCUUCUUGGUCCCAGACUGAUGGCCUCUACUCCUCAACUUUUACUGCAGACUCUAUCUGCAAUGGAAGCUGCCCAUCUAGGCUCCGAAUAUGGCCCUUCCCGGUGUUAUGGUACAGUUACCAACAUUGCCUUGGGCCUAACGUAAUUGUCUGAUUUCCAUCCUCCUCAGCUGUACCCACUGUACCACAGCGUACAUUUCAUGCAUCUGAGCAGUGACAUCAAUGGAAAACUAAACACAGGUCACGUGCACAAACUUCACAAGCUGUCAUAACGGACGCGUUUAUAAUUCAAAUGUUGUAGAUUUACAAUACCUAUUUAUUUGUACCAAUUUAUUUGUAAAUCUUGUGAUUGUUUUUAAAAGGUUUUGUUCAUUUCUAUUAUUCUAUUUAGAUAAAUGAUUUUCUGUUCACCCUUUUA